GGCUUGCAACCACUAAAGCACAUUUACCAGUAAGGUACAAGUACCGUGUUACUCUCAUCGCCUGUUCUACUACCAACUGCGACGAUCCUCGCUUACCUACCUAGCCACUUCCUGAACACAACACGCAGGCACGUGAGAGGUUUACUUCAGAGUAUCGUUAUCCACCAACACCCUACCGGAAUUAUGCCAAUGCGGCCCACCAGCGAUAAAGAGGUUGACGUGGUCGAUCUAGACCGUCUCUUCGAAGAGUAUGUUCAAACAGACUUGCUCAAUCACUUCGGCGACUGCAACCCCAAACAAUCAAGCUCGGGUGAACCAAAGCAUCUUUUUGACUCAGUUCUGUCGAAUGAGAGCCAGCUUUUUGGCUCUGAGCCUAUACUUGAUCGGGAAACGCAGGCUGCUUGGCACAAGGCUCUCGAAAAGUACGAACAAAACCCAACCCCGUUGCGAGCUGAGGACUCUAUCUCAUCUUCUUACGUUACUUCGUCUACUGGUAAUGAGUCUUUCAGCGAUUCUGAGUUGCUAAACCUUGACGACUUCUUUGAACUAGAAAGGAAGCAAUCGAGGUCCAUCUCUCAGCCUCCUACAACUCGACCCCACACUUCCGGACGAUCUGUUAAAAAGGCUGUAUCGAUCUACAAUCAACUGAGGCACCGUGGUAUCUCAAAGACCUCUAAAAGGUUGCAUGCUUCGACUUUCACAAAGAUGAUGCAAUCCUCUCAACACCAACCUUCAGCUGGCAAUACGUGGACCCGCAAGACGGACAGUCCAACGAAUUCAUUCACAAGAGCCUCAUCGCAUGGCAUUGCUUCGCCCCCGCUAUCAACCAAGGCCAAAAGCAAUGAGUUUUUCGUUCAAGGGCAUUAUCAGACCUAUGCCGAUAACUAUUCUAACCUACCAAACAACGGAUCUGGCUUCCUUAAUUACCAAUUGACGCCUUGCGCAUCGCCAGCAAUUGGAACCCCUAGCAUCAGUGGUAGCGGCUUCGAUAAUGAUACGGGGCUCACCUCUAGCUCUUCCAGUGCGCCAAGUGCGGCUCUCUCAGCCUUGCAGACCCCGCCCUCUUCUCUCCAAUUAUCUAUGACAACGUGGGGCCCUAACACAUCAUCAGCUCUGGAUGUUGGCUUCUCAGCCUCGUGUGAUUCUACCGACGGCACACAAACUACAGACUGGUGGGAUGGGAACGUUUCCACCAGUCACCCUCUCCAUUCGACCAGCUUCAGCCAAAGCAACUCACUAUCCACAAGCCAGAACAUGAGAUCGGAAGGAUUGGGAAUAUCUUGCGGAUCGGCUCCGUACGGCUUUGGCACUAUGCACGAUGGUUUUUCUGCCUCCAGAACCUCGGCUGCAUUUGACAUGGUUAACUAUGGUGUCAUGUACAAUACGCCGUCUCACCAACAGCAACAUCAUCACGCGCAACACCACGUCGCCCCUAUCAGUCAGUCAGUCUCGCGCUCUCCUUCGCCACGCGCCGAAACACGCUUUCACCGGUCGUCGCACGCAUCUAGCCACCGCACCAGCCAGUCGUCAAUGAGACGCAAAUCCAGCAACACUUCCCAGCAAUCCUCGAGGCAGAUGAGCACAAGUAAUGGUGGAGUUGGUUUCGUGAACUUCACGCCAGAUGACAGCCGUAAGAUUCUCACAGGCGUGGCACCCAGCGGAUCCAGCAAAACUAAAGCACGGCGGGAGAAAGAAGCCGCCGACAAGCGACGGAAGCUUAGCCGCGCGGCGGUGAAGGCUGUAAUAGAAGCUGGUGGUGAUAUCGAUAGCUUGAGAAGAUUGGAAAGGGAGGGCGUGCUGGUUAUGGAAGGUUAACGAGGCGAUUUUACAGACUCUCGGUAUUUGUUUGUUUAAGGAUUUCUUCUUUCGCUUCCAGUAUAUGGGGCCAUUGUUUUACAUAUACGAUUAUGACACGUCACGCACUUGUGGCGCGAUGAUAAAUGCAUGAAUGACUACCUUUGAAUUGCUGGUUGCCGUGCGUGACUGGUGUGCACUUCGCUAUGUGAGUAGCUGCUAGCUACUUGUUGCAGCGCGAUGGUCUGAGCUGCCACCCGCUGGCGACCCGUCGGAUGCGA